GUUAUGUUCGGACUGCUAGCUGCUACCGAAAAGGCUAAAUAAUCGCUGAGAAGAACAGAAAUAGUUGGUCCGUGGUUGCGUUUAUGGGAAUGCGGGGAGGAAGGGAGCGGGCUGGCGACUGAAAAUCACAGGAUCCAUGACCCUGACUCGUGGAUCGUUCACUUACUCCAAUGGAGAGGAGUAUCAUGGGGAAUGGAAGGAAGGUCUGCGUCAUGGUUUGGGUCAGCUGACCUUCAGUGAUGGGACGUGUUUCACUGGACAGUUUGAGAACGGUCUCUUCAACGGCUGUGGCAUUCUGCUCUUUCCAGAUGGAUCCAGAUACGAAGGUGAGUUUCUGCAGGGGAAAUUUCAAGGCGUCGGUGUGUUCACUCGAUUCGACGGCAUGAGGUUUGAAGGAGAAUUCAAAGGAGGAUCUGUGGAUGGAUAUGGAGCUUUGACCUUCUGUGACUCUGGUCCAGGAGGGGUCCAUGAGGGUCUGUUUGAGUCCAGUCAGCUGACUCGACGAGAGGCCUGCCCCACUGUUGUCCAGAGAGCUCAGGCCGCCGCAGCCAAAGCACGAGUCCUAGCCAUGUGAACAACCGCAACUCCCACAAUGCACCUGGGCCCCUCACCUCCUACUAUGUGCUCUGGGUUUGAACCACACUAUGAAAAAUGAAUAUAUACAGUAAUUAAAAUGACUUGAAUUCAGAAUUAUCUUGAUUCCCCCCUUUUUAGACGUAUAAUAAUUAACCUGAUAUGAUAGUUCUAACUUUAUAAAUCUUAUUUCAAGUGUAAUUGUCUUACAGUACAGUAUGACAUAUGUGUAGGAUACACAGUGUUGGGAAGUAGCUGAACUCAUGUACUGAAAGUAUGUAUUCUGAACACUAAUUCUGAGUAUGUACAUGUACAAUACUUGGCUGUACUUGAUCACCCUAUUUUGGCUUUGAACUGCGCAGUAUUAGCGAGAGAAAGAGAAAACGCCGCUCUUGCUGUACAUGUGUAUGAUUUCUGCUUUUCUAAUUAGACAUAAAUGAAUGCAUAACAAACAAAAACAUUAUAUGAUAUGUUUUACCCUAUAAUAUAAUGCAACUAGGUUUAAAAGAAGUGUUCAGUAUUCUGUAACUAAAUACAUACAAGUAUUCUUCCCAGCACUGAUGAUACAAUUCAACUUCUCAAAUCAAGAUAUAUGUGGUGAAUUUAAGUCAGUUUUAAUACCUAUUCAUUUUGUAGUUCUCUCAUUGUAUUUAUGUAUUUAUCAUUGCUUGUACUUGCUUGUUUUCUGCAGCCAUAAUGUGAACCCAAAAGACUGACUCUGGAUCAGCCGUGCCGCGUCAAAUUGGUGCUAAUCUUUUUCAGGGUCCAAUUUUAUGGAACAAAUAACAAAUGUUUCCCAGUGAGAAAGACUGGAGGUUUGGAUCGAAUAUAUUUAGAUAAGAUUCAUGGGGUUUAACUUCCUGUUAUAAGCACCUUUUUGAGGACUUUUGACCACUGAAAAGACAAAAUCAUUUGUUUUAAUUAAUGAAGUUGUGGUAUGGUAAAUGUCCCAAUCCCUCUCCAAAACACAUCGAUAUGUUGUGAAUUUAAACCUCAGCUAACAAAGAAAUAAUUAUCAAAGUUAAAAUGACACAAAAUUGCGACAAAUUUGAAUGUAUUUUAACCUCAUUAGACAAUUUACUUAGAAAACACAGACAAGUUAGGUGCAACAAAGACACAUGUCAAGAGGAGUUUGAUUUGUUUAUAUGGAGAAGGAGAGGCUGAGGAGGCUGUUAGUUUUCCUGCUGUGGUGAAGAGUUGUUGCUUAUGGUUUAAAGUGGACGUUGAAGGAGGGGAGAGAGAAUGCUCUUAUAGUGUUAAAGACAAGUAAUAGUAAUGUUGAUACUUUAAUAUAGUUUAAAUGACCUCUUAGGGGACAAAUACAAGUGAUUGAUUGAUUGAGGACACUGUGCUACAAGAGUGUGCGCACAUGAGGAAAAUUAGUUGAGUUUGAGUUUUUAAGUGUUAAACAUUUGGUGAGGACAAAACACUGGGAGAGCUUUGGCUUGUUACACCUCUUGAGAAGCUCUAGUUCCAAAAACAGUGAGGCCGAAACUGUGAAGUGGAUCACACAAUUUAUUUACUACAAAUGAGGUCCAAAUCUUGUCUUGUCUUGGUCUAUAAACACUUCAAUUCUAACUUGAUUUUGAUACUUGAAGACUAUACAAGUUUCAAUACCACAAUGAUGAUAAAAACUGAUAUUUUUCACAUCUUAGUGUAAAUUUCAACACAAAAUAAUAGUUUAUUUUUGGUGUUAGUUCAAGAUCACUUUAAAACUAUUCAGAAAGUCAAAUGUUGCCCUGUUUUUACAAAUGUAUUCCCAGUGUCGAUCGUUGUUGAAAUGAGAUUCUUCCAGUUUCAAUUCCAGGACUUUCUGGGUAUUCAUUCUUGGCAGUCCUAAUAAACACAAACAGGUAGAUGCAUGCAAUUAUUGGAGAUCAUUUUGGCGGCUUUUUAAGUAUUUCUGGAACAAAACAUGUUCAAUACAGCUUGUCUAAUUCUCAUCUUGUACCGUGUAAACUAUAAAAAGCUUGUACUCGUAACGUAAAGACAAUAUUGCAGACACAAGUUUGUCGUUUGACGGCUGGAAGAAAAUACUUUUGUAACUAAUUAAUGAAGAGCAAGAUUCAAAGGAGUAAUUAUUUUCAGAUAUGUGAGAGAAAAGAGUAGAAAAAAAUGUUUAUUUGAAAGAAAUUAAAAGUUGAUUACAGAAAAAGAAGUAGACUGUGGAUCUGUUAAUUAAAAUUUAUAAAAGCUCAGUCUAUUAAGGGGAAGGUGAAGAGAGCAUUGAA